UUUAAGUUGCAGGGGGCAGGGGGAACCCAAAGUUAGCUGGACACACGAAACCGGCGCAGUGCUGCAGCAGUCCGCCGAGUGGGUCCGCCGAGUGGGUCCGCUGCACUGCACAGGGCCCCGGGCAUCUUCAUCGCGUGAGAAGGAAGCCAAACCUGCGCGCUCUUUAGUUCCGGCGCGUGCAAAUAGACGCGUUAAAGAUGUCGGACCAGACCGCGUUCGACACCAAUGUGGAGACGCUCACCCGGUUUGUGCUGGAGGAGGGCCGCAAGGCGAAGGGGACCGGGGAGCUCAACCAGCUGCUCACCGCUCUGCUCACCUCCAUCAAGGCCAUCACCUCGGCCGUGCGCAAAGCCGGCCUCGCUCACCUGUAUGGCAUCGCAGGCAACAUCAACGUCACCGGUGACGAGGUGAAGAAACUCGACGUUUUGUCCAACGACCUGGUCAUCAACAUGCUCAAGGCCUCCUUCUCCACGUGCGUGCUGGUCUCCGAGGAGAACGAGAAGGCCAUCAUCGUGGAGCCCGAGAAGCAGGGCAAGUACGUCGUCUGCUUUGACCCUCUUGAUGGCUCCUCCAACAUCGACUGCCUUGAGUCCAUCGGGACCAUUUUCGCCAUCUACAAGAAGGUGUCGGAGGAGGGCGUCGCCGUCUCUGAGAAGGACGCCCUGCAGCCCGGCCGCAACAUUGUGGCGGCCGGGUACGCCCUGUACGGCAGCGCCACCCUCGUGGCCCUCACCACGGGCCAGGGACUCAACUUCUUCAUGCUCGAUCCGGCCAUCGGAGAAUUCAUUUUGGUGGAGAGAAACGUGAAGAUCAAGAAGAAAGGCAAAAUCUUCAGCCUCAACGAGGGCUACGCCAAGUACUUUGACCCAGCGUUGACCGAGUACAUUCAAAAGAAGAAAUUCCCAGAGGACGGCAGUGCCCCCUACGGCGCCCGCUACGUGGGGUCCAUGGUGGCCGACGUUCACCGGACCAUCAAGUACGGCGGCAUCUUCAUGUACCCGGCAAACACCAAGAGCCCCAAGGGAAAGCUGCGUCUCCUGUACGAGUGCAACCCGAUGGCGUUCGUCAUCGAGCAGGCGGGAGGCAUCGCCACCACAGGCACUCAGCGCAUCCUGGACGUCCAGCCCGAGACCAUCCACCAGCGCGUGCCCUUCGCCGUGGGGUCACCCGACGACGUCAACGAGUACCUGGAGAUCGUGAAGAAGCACGUGGAAAAGAAAUAGGCGACGGGACCGUCGGUUAAACGAUUAGGCACGUGACGAUGCACAGACCCAUUACGAUCGCACCUUCCGGGCGCGCGCGCGACGGGCAGAAUGGUGCGAGCGAUUGUUCAUGUUUGGCGAAUUUUCGACCGCGACAUCGGCGCACGGCCUCCUCUUUUGAAUAAUAUUGGGAUCUUCAGCGUCCACUUGUGCACAACCACAAUUAAUAAACAAAAACUGAACACGCUCGUCAAUAACGUCGCCUUCAAAGGGAGACAUAAAAGCAUUAAUAGGUAACGUUUCAGGCAAUGGCCCUUCUUCACGUAUAAAAGUGGCAUUUCCUGAAAUGUUGACGAGUGUCAAGGAGGAAUUGCUUUAUUGUUAAUACUCCUGCAGCAUUACCCAGUUUAGCUGAAAUUUGAGACCUCUAAAACAAGCGGUAAACGCACUAUCGCAAGGCUACAUCACUGUGAGGUUACAUUUAGAGUCAUGGAGGACAAAACUACGCUUAAGCCACGAAAAAAACCCACAGAAAUAAUGCAAACGAGAUAAAAAAUAAUUAUAAUUAGAUGAAGGAUUCUUCAAUUGAACUGUGACCCCUCUUCCCACCAAAUCGUGAAAAUCCAUUGAAUCGCUGGAAAGGGAAGUGCAUCGUCACAUGCCUAUUAACGUAAAGUCACGAAGCACGAUGAUCAAAAGCAUUCGAUUAAAACUGCCGAACCAAGGAUUUUUAUAACAUCCCCAAUCGUAGCUGGAGUAAGACAAAACAUUCUGGCCGCACUUCGUUCUCGUCAACUUCCUAAAAAUGCCGACGUCAUUUUGGACACAACUCCCAACACGCUGCUCACCCACAAGCAAACAUGUGCAUCGCUCACGGAACGCGCGUGACUGCACGUGUCACAGUGCAACAUUCCCCCAAAACCACCACCUCCUCCAACUACGUUUUCGCCCCCUCCAGUCAUGCACUGUUCAGUCACCAUCGGCCAGUGAAGAGGAAAUGAGCCAGCAACGUUCUUUCGUCGUUGACGUGAGCAAAUUCCGUUAGCCUCCCACGUGACCAUUUUUUUAAAACUCUCAUGCAGCAAUGCAUCACCCCACUGUUAGCAGAGGAGGAGAUAUCAUAUAACUUCUCUUGAUACUGUAUUCCCAAGUGACCUCUUAACCACACGAGGGCCGAUUGCAAUUAUACACCCUGCUGUGGAGAAAUGUGUAGUUUCGUAGCAGUAAAAGCAAUCCGUGUAUUCAGAGCUGGAAUGAAGGCACAUGAAGUAAAAAGCCAGUUUCACUGUGCUGUUAUUUAAGACCUGACUUGACCCCAACAGCUCGGUACACUUGAGAACCUGGUUUAUGGGUGGCUUCUCCAAUACAAACCUAGGAUCAGGCAGUGGUGGAUCAGGCAUAUGCCCUCACCCCCCUCCAGACCCUGAAACAUUUUCUUUUAUUGAUAUUUUAUCAGAGAAAAUGCAUUUAAUGAUUUUUUUGUAUUAAUCUAAGGCCCGAUGAAACUGUUGAACAUUUUAGGCCCACCCCCUGGUUAUUAAUCUGCCUCUGGUAUCAGGAUCCUCAUCUAAAGCAUCACGUAUACUUUAAAGCAUGGCACAAUUGAUCCAACUAGUUUUUAAUCUUUAUCUCGUCAUAAAUUCUUCGAGAUUUAAAUCAUUCUUCAGUUAGUACUCACGUUCAUUAACGCCACUGGUCUUAAAAUAAAAAUAUAUAAUUGGGCAAUGGCCCUUCACAGCAGAGUGGACAGUAAGGAUUGGAGACUGUCCUUACCAUUGGCCCAGUUAAGAUUGUCUUUCAAUAAUAUUAAAUUACCAGUUUAAUUUUAAUUGGAACAUGGUCACCAACAUAAUUGUAAAUUUAAAAGUGUAUUUAUAAACACGUUUUUAUUGUGUAAGGGUUUGUCUGUUACCCAAUAGCUGCAAGUGUAACUAUUCCUAUGCCAAUUUAAAAACCAGUAAUCAGAAAUACAUUUUUGAAGGUUUAAUCCUCAUCAGGCCUCAUGGUGUAAAUUGCAGUCUCCAAUCCCUAUUAUCCACCGUCUGGCCUCUUGGUGGCUGUGAAGGGCUUUUGCCAAAAACUUCACCUAUUAUAUACAAUAUUUUAUUUUUCGGCCACUUAUGGACGAAUGCGGAGUUAUACAAUGUGCACCCCUGCCAAAGCAGCAUCACCAAAUUAAUUGUUCCAAUUGCAUGUGUUUUAUGAUUGAAGUGGUCCUCUGGGUUGCUUGUACCAUCACACAGCUCAACCGUGAUGCAUACAAACACGGACAACCAAUUCCUAGCGCCACCAAUGCUCCCACAUACCACGAUGUUUAUCGUCUCACAGGAUACAGGGGUAUUGUGCCAAGCAGUACGAACACUGUGCUGUAAGAAACUGUGCAUGGAUUCAAGUGGGGUGCAAAGGUUAACAGACAUUACUGGAUUUCAAUUUAAAGCUUUCGUGACUGCAGGGAUUCAUAUUAUUGGUCAUUUCGGUAAAGUCACGUAGAAGGGAAAUAAUAAAAUAAUAAAAAUUUAACAAUAAAAUUCUCGACGUUUUGAUUGCAACACAAGCAAAUCAUCAGGUGUGAAAACCACCGCCACUUUUCAAAAAUGUUCUUGCUGUGGUUUUCACACCUGAUGAUUGCUUGUGUUGCAAUCAAAACGUCGUGAGAAUUUUAGUUGUAUUUUUAUUAUUUUAUUAUUUCCCUUCUACGUGACUUUACCGAAAGAACCAAAAAUAAGACAUUACUAGCUCCGAUCCCAACACUUUCCUCAAAUCGGCACCCUUUCCCCACUCACUGUUAAAACAAAACUAUACAAUUACAAGAUCUACAAACUG